CGAGCCGAGCGGACGCGCGUUUGUCUGUUAGCGGAUGAAACAAACAGAAAAAGAAGAAAUAUCGCCUCGAGAAAAUUUAGAACACAAUUUAUCAAACGCGCUAUCGCACCCCCCACUUGGAUUACGGUCAACGCGAAACUACAACAGCGGAAUAAAGAUAUAGAAAUCGAAACAAAAAAACCGAAUCAAAAGAUAUAAAAGAAAAUAAUAGCCAGCGGGAAGAAACAAGAAAAUCGUUUUAGAUAAAGCAUUAAAUCGCUUGAUGUGGUGUUGAAUGUGAAAAGUGCCGAUUGUGCAAAGCUGCGCUAUAAAACCAAACAAAAACCAAAAAAGCUACGAAAAAUCCCAAAUAAACACAAACACAAAAUGGGCGAGAAAUAGAACGAGCAGUGAAAUUGACCAAAAGAAGCCCCCCAAUAGCCCCCCAAAAUCGAAGCCCCUUUCGAAGUUUAGGAACCGCCCGAAAAUGCUGGCCACCAGCCACAUGCUGUACGUGCUGAUUGCCACCUGGGUGAUACCCAUUUUCGGGGCAGCCUUGAGCAAAACGGUGUUGUACCAGGCGCCCGACGAGUGCCGCUGGUCCGGCGGCGGGGAGCACGACAUCACACUGGUCUGCCACCUGAGGACGAUCAAUUCGGAGCUCGAGAACACCAACUUCAGUGUGAUCCAGCCGCAGAACACGGUGCGUCUGCGCCUGGAGUGCAACGAUGCUCUGUUCUUCCAGAGCAGUCUGAGUCCCGAUAGCUUCAGGUCGCUGGUGGAGCUCAGGGAUUUGACCAUCGAGUACUGCAAGCUAGGCAACCUCACGGAUGGCUCGUUCCGAGGUCUCCAGGAGCUGAGGAACCUCACCAUUCGCACGCACAACGGCGAUUGGUCCACGAUGUCGCUGGAGAUGGCCUCCAAUAGCUUCGUGGAGUUCCGCCAGCUGGAGCGUUUGGACCUGAGUCUCAACAACAUCUGGCUUAUACCAGACGGCAUGGUGUGCCCUCUGAAGUCGCUGCAGCACCUGAAUGCCUCGUACAACAAGAUCCAGGACAUCAGCAACUUCUACUUCAGCGCCUCGUUGAGUUCGCGAAAGGCCCGCGUUUGCGGCUCCACGCUGCAGAGUCUGGAUUUGAGUGCCAACAAGAUGGUCAGCCUGCCCACGGCCAUGCUGUCGGCUUUGGGGCGUCUUACCCACCUGAAUAUGGCCAGGAACAGCAUGAGCUUCCUGGCGGAUCGCGCCUUCGAGGGUCUCCUUUCGCUAAGGGUGGUGGAUCUGUCGGCCAACCGACUGACCUCCCUGCCCCCGGAACUCUUUGCCGAGACCAAGCAGCUGCAGGAGAUCUAUCUGCGCAACAACUCCAUCAAUGUCUUAGCCCCCGGAAUCUUUGGUGAGCUGGCCGAACUCUUGGUUCUCGACUUGGCCAGCAACGAACUGAAUUCGCAGUGGAUCAACGCAGCCACCUUUGUGGGUCUCAAGCGACUGAUGAUGCUGGAUCUUUCGGCCAAUAAAAUCAGUCGUUUGGAGGCGCACAUCUUCAGACCCCUCGCCAGCUUGCAGAUCCUGAAGCUGGAGGAGAACUACAUCGAUCAGCUGCCUGGGGGAAUCUUUGCGGAUCUCACCAACCUGCACACCCUCAUCCUCUCGCGCAAUCGCAUCUCGGUCAUCGAGCAGCGCACUCUGCAGGGUCUGAACAAUCUGCUGGUGCUCUCGCUGGACUUUAACCGAAUCAACCGACUGGACCAGAGAUCCCUGAUCAACUGCAGCCAGCUGCAGGAUCUCCAUCUGAAUGACAAUAAAUUGCAGGCCGUGCCGGAGGCUCUGGUCCAUGUGCCCCUGCUCAAGACCUUGGAUGUGGGAGAAAACAUGAUAGGUCAGAUCGAGAACACGAGCAUCACGCAGCUGGAGAAUCUGUACGGCCUCCGGAUGACGGAGAACUCGCUCACCCACAUCCGCCGAGGGGUCUUCGAUCGGAUGAGCUCCCUGCAGAUCCUCAAUCUGUCCCAGAACAAACUGAAAACCAUCGAGGCGGGUUCCCUGCAGAGGAACAGCCAACUGCAGGCCAUUCGGCUGGACGGGAAUCAACUGAAAUCCAUUGCCGGCCUCUUCACCGAGCUGCCCAAUCUGGUGUGGCUGAAUAUCUCGGGCAAUCGUCUCGAGAAAUUCGACUACUCGCACAUUCCCAUCGGCCUGCAGUGGCUGGAUGUGCGGGCCAACAGGAUCACCCAGCUGGGCAACUACUUUGAGAUCGAGAGCGAACUCAGUCUGAGCACCUUCGAUGCCAGCUACAAUAUGCUGACGGAGAUCACGGCCAGUUCGAUACCGAACAGCGUGGAGGUGCUCUACCUGAACGACAACCAGAUCGCCAAGAUCCAGCCGUACACGUUCUUCAAGAAGCCCAAUCUGACCAGGGUGGACCUGGUGCGUAACCGCCUGACCACCCUGGAGCCCAACGCCCUUCGGCUGUCGCCGAUUGCCGAGGAUCGCGAGAUUCCCGAGUUCUACAUUGGCCACAAUGCCUACGAGUGCGACUGCAACUUGGACUGGCUGCAGAAGGUCAAUCGCGAGUCGCGCACCCAGCCGCAACUCAUGGAUCUCGACCAGAUUCACUGCCGACUGGCUUAUGCUAGGGGAUCCUCGCAUGUCUCCUUAAUCGAGGCCAAAUCGGAUGACUUCCUGUGCAAAUAUGCCUCGCACUGCUUUGCUUUGUGUCACUGCUGCGACUUCCAGGCCUGCGAUUGCAAAAUGGAGUGUCCGGAUAGAUGCUCCUGCUACCACGAUCAAUCGUGGACCUCGAAUGUGGUGGACUGCAGCCGUGCCUCCUACGAACAGACGCUGCCCUCGCACAUUCCCAUGGACUCCACGCAGCUUUACCUCGAUGGAAAUAACUUCCGCGAGCUGCAGAGCCACGCCUUCAUUGGUCGCAAGAGGCUAAAGGUGCUCCACCUGAACCACUCGCGGAUCGAGGUGCUGCACAAUCGCACCUUCUACGGUCUGUUGGAACUGGAAGUUCUGCAGCUGCAGAGCAAUCAGCUGAAGGCUUUGAAUGGCAACGAGUUCCAGGGUCUGGACAAUCUGCAGGAGCUGUAUCUGCAGCACAAUGCCAUUGCCACCAUCGACACGCUCACCUUUACGCAUUUGUAUCAUUUGAAGAUCCUGCGGCUGGACCAUAAUGCCAUCACCUCGUUUGCCGUCUGGAACUUCCUGCCCAGCUAUCUGAACGAGCUGCGCCUGGCGGGAAAUCCUUGGAGCUGCCAGUGCGAGUUCAUCGACAAGUUCAGGGACUACAUGAAUCGCCACGAGUAUGUGGUGGACAAGGCGAAGAUGAAGUGCGACCUGGUCAGUGGAAAUGGCACCCAGCAGAUGGUCAUUUACCCGGGGGCAGCCGGAGAGGCCAGCUCCCUGCCCGUCGUCCAGUGCAGUCAGACGUUGCCUUUGGGUUUGGAUAACAGCUUCAAUUACGCUGAGCAGGCGGGUGGCGAGAACGCCUCGAAUGCCACCUCCACCAAAAUGAUCCUCAAUCAGCCGCCCAAGCUGGACUACAUACCCAUCCUGGUGGCCAUUCUGACGGCCUUCGUGUUCGUGAUGAUCUGCACCUCGUUGGUCUUCAUUUUCCGCCAGGAGAUGCGUGUGUGGUGCCACUCGCGGUUCGGCGUGCGGCUAUUCUACAAUGCCCAGAAGGAUGUGGACAAGAACGAGCGGGAGAAACUGUUCGACGCCUUCGUCUCGUACUCCUCCAAGGACGAGCUGUUCGUCAACGAGGAGCUGGCUCCCAUGCUGGAGCUCGGCGAGCAUCGCUACAAGCUGUGCCUGCACCAGCGGGACUUUCCCGUGGGCGGCUACCUGCCGGAGACCAUCGUUCAGGCCAUCGACAGCAGCCGGCGGACCAUCAUGGUGGUCAGCGAGAACUUCAUCAAGUCGGAGUGGUGCCGCUUCGAGUUCAAGUCGGCCCAUCAAUCGGUGCUGAGGGAUCGUCGCCGGCGUCUCAUAGUCAUUGUGCUGGGCGAGGUGCCGCAGAAGGAGCUGGAUCCCGAUCUGCGUUUGUAUCUGAAGACCAACACGUAUCUGCAGUGGGGCGACAAGUUGUUCUGGCAGAAGCUGCGAUUCGCCCUGCCGGAUGUCUCAUCCUCCUCGUCCGCCGCCCAGCGAUCGAACGUCGCCGGCCAGAGUUGCCAUGUGCCCAUCAACCAUGCCGCCUACCAUCACCACCACCACGUCCACCAGCAGGCGAUGCCGCUGCCCCACUCGGUGCACCACCAUCAGCAGCAGUUUAUGUUGCCACCGCCACCACAGCAGCCGGGCAGCUUCCGGCGGCAACCUUCGUUGCAGCAGCAACAUCAGCAGCAGCAGCAACUUCGCGGCAGCAACAGCGCCACGCAGCAGCAGCAGCAACAGCAGGCGGCCUUGCUGAUGGGCGGUGGGUCGGUGGGUGGGCCUGCACCGCAGAUGAUCCCCCUGGCGGGUGGCAUCCAGCAGCAGAGCCUCCCCUUGCCGCCCACCCAGCAGCCGACGCCGGCGUCCAGAAAUCUGCACAUGUGAGUGGGGCUGCCAUUGGGCAGAGGGUUAAAGGCAAGGUCAAACGAGCUGGAGAGCUACGAGAUAUAUGGCUUUUCACUAAUUGUUAAAAGAUUUAGGAAAGGUAUAUACAUUUUU